AUGCGUAACACAAAUGCGAACCAUUUCUCACUGUGUGACAAUGUGUUAAUGUAUGCACAAAGAGUCGUAGUGCCAACCACACUACAAAAGCGAUUAUUAAAGGAAUUUCAUAUUAGUCACCCAAAGAUUUUGAGAAUAAAAUCAUUAAUGAGAAGUUACGGAUAUUGGCCAACAAUGAACCGUGACAUUGAAGAAGCUUUGAAAUCAUGCAAAGGUUGUGGCCUAGCUGCAAAAUCACCUGCUACUAAAUGGCAACGGUGGCCAAAAACAGAUAUUCCAUGGACCAGAUUGUAUAUUGAUUACGCAGGUCCACUUAAGGGUUCGUAUUACCUGUUGUGGUGGAUAGUUUUUCAAAGUGAUCGGAAGUGUAUAAAUGUAACAUUUGCGGUUACAUUAAGCAUUUUACACGAAUUGUUCGCCAGGUAUGGUAUUCUGGAUACCAUUGUGUCGGAUAAUGGAACUCAGUUCAUGUCAGAAGAGUUCAGCAAAUUUUGCGAAAUUUUCGUCAUCGAACAUGCCGCCACUCCGCCCUAUCAUCCUAUGUCAAAUGGUCAAGCGGAUCGUUUUAUUGACACUUUCAAGAGGGCGUUGAAAAAAGCAACAAUGAAGUGA